AUGCUGCCGCCGCCGCCACAUUCUUCAAUGCCUCGCUUGGCCAUCGUACCAGUUGUGGACGGCAAGGAUGCUUCCUGUGUUCCAUUUCACGAUCGGGAGGAUGCAGAAAGCCUGGAAACACUCAGGCGAUUGUCACCUGGGCCGCUGCAGCCUGUGACAGCUCCCGGGAAGGCUCUAAUGUGCUUCUGGCAGCAGGCGCCGCAGGACUUCGAAGCGCACUGCAAGUAUGAGCACAUGCGGGCCGCUUGUGGUGGAAUGCAGUCCUUGGAGGAGCAGGCCGAGACGCUCCUGCUAAAUGUCUAUCUACGCUUUUGCCAGCAGACAAGUGCACCCCCAAGGCCUUCAUCAGAAGAUGAGACGGAUUAUGACUUGUACAUAUCAGUUUUUCAAGAUGCUCCAAUGAAGGCCCUGCACCAGACGUGCAGCUCCGACUUCUGCAUGAUUGCAGAGGCACACGUGCUAGGUUUGGCCAGCACGGCCGGCUUUCCGAGGUUGGUGCAGAAGGACGCCCGGGCGAUGUAUUCAAGUGCCAUGCGCUUUGGCUACGCUGUUCGGCAGGCCGAAAUUCGAUUCAAGGCGGACGGUGCUGCAGGAACCUUCGUACCUCUGCCACUUGAAGCUGAAAUGGUUCGGGAGGAGCUCGAACAUCUGUGGUCGAAGCCGGCGGUACCAGGUGAAAGGGGCUCGUCAAGCGGAAGCUCCUCUUGUCAGGAUGAGCUAACGCCCAGCGAUGCAGAAGCAGCACAUCAAAGCCUGCAAGAGGUUUUCGGCCGAUUGAGGCGGAUCGGGGAGACGAAACCCGCACUUGCCACGUACCUUGGUUGGCUCGGAAAAUUCGAUCCGGAGGCCCUGUCUAUGCUGUCAAACCCUACACCUGCUAUCGCCAUCGCAAUGAAAUGCCAGGUCGAUGCCGUGUGGGGCAAAGCACAAAAGGCAGAGGGCGCUACUGUUACGACAACUCCGUCGGACAUGCUGGAGGCCAUCCUCCUGGGCGCUUGGCUUCGUGACUGCGAUGCUGAUGUUCGUGACACGCGCUCGAGGCUUCAGGCUGGCGAGCAAUAA